CUCCGUGUGAUAAUUUGUGUAUUGAAACGGAACGGGUCGGGUUGGAUAAUUAAUUACACAAAUUGUGUGAUUUAACUACACAUGGACCAUUAAAACCAGCAAAAACAGUAUUUGUAUAUCAUAUGUUUUGUGAUCUGUUCCGUUUUUCUAUUUAGCGAGCUCAGUAAAUGUUUAAGGAUGGAUUUAUUUACUUCUUAAUUGACCUAAAUUGCAAAAAAUGGCGACUGGAAGAGUAGGUCAAAUCCGAUCUAUUCCUUUGUCAACAGUGCUUUUAAGAUAUUUUGUUAUAUUGCAUGUUUAUGCAUCAGUUUAUUGUGCCAAAGAUUGGGAUUCUAACCAAUUGAAAGGAACUGGUUUAAGUUUAAAAGAUUUAGGAAAUAGUGAAAGUUUGACAAAAUUGUUUGCAAGUGAUGGAUAUUUCACAGAUACAUCACAGGAAAAAGUGAAGCCAUUUAAUGGAAUAAACAUUCAAAAUGAAGCCCAAAAGCUGUCUGCAAAUCUACGGUUAUUAAGCAAUGAAGAAAUUGGAGUCACCACUAUGCAGGCAAUUUAUGACACACUGCCUUAUACUGAUGUGCCUGCUGACUAUCGUAAUACUCUCAAAGAUAUGACAGAGAGAAUACACCAAAGAUUUAAGAACUACCUCCAGAUUGUACAAACCAACAAGAUUAUUGUGCAGAAUCUCUACAUGUUCCACAUCAAGCAACCAAUCACACAAAAGUUUGACUGUUGCCAUCUCAAUGCCACAGAUUUAAGACCAGACAGUGAAUAUCGAUGUAAGAUAUCUCGUCAAACAAGCUGUGACCUUAUACCAUUCCGUGUACCAGAUGGGGCAUUCAAUCCUGGACGUAACCUUACAGAAGUGUGGAAGAGUAACAUGAAUUUCUUCCCAACUUUGAAGUGGCAGUACUUUAUCUCAACACAGGGGAUUCACAACGAGUACCCAGGCAGUGCCUUUCAGUGGACAAACUGCCCAUCUAUGCAUGAUGCUAGACACAGGGAUGUGUAUGUAUCAACAAUGCAGCCACAGUCCAAGCAUGUUGUUAUAAUGAUGGAUCAUGGGAAUUCACUGAGCGCCACUCAGAUGUUGAUGGCGAGAAGUAUAGCCAAAAAUCUCAUAGCUUCAUUCACAGAAAAUGACAGAAUAGCUGUUAUUGGGUUAUCUUCGGAAGUUACCUACCCGAGAGAUGAUACAUGUGUUAAAAACAGUCUCGUGCCCAUGACAUUUGAAUCCAAAUUCUUCUUUAAACGUUUCAUUGACAACCUAGAAAAACAAGAUGUUUCAACAAAUCAUUCACUGGGUUUCCAGCAAGCUUUCAAAAUGAUUGGCUCUUCAUUGCUGCAAUAUAACAAAGAAGAGGGCAUGAUAAUCUAUAUCAGUCGAGGACUCUUGUCAUCUCUGACAGAAGCCAAGGAUGUAAUGGAGACUAUAGCGUACUAUAACGGCAAAAUGGACCAUAGAAUUAUCAUCAAUACAUAUGCUGUUAUAGACAGUAACAAACCAAUCAUGUAUGAGAAAAGUUUUCUGCAGGACAUAGCUGACCAGAACUAUACCAAAUACAAUGUCAGUCCCAGAAGUAAAUCUGUUAUCAGGCGUGGUAUGAUGCUGGCCAUCAACAACACAAGAGAUCUGAGUAUGACAGUUGGAAGAUUUUACUUACCUUUCAACAAAACAACAGCAGAGGAUGCUGUAUUCUCACUGCCGUAUAUUGACAAUGCUGAUGGAGGUCUGACAAUGAGUAUCAGUAUGGCGUGUCUACAUAACAAGAAGCCUAUCGGAGUGUCAGGAGUGGAUCUGCACAUGGAGUACCUUGUACAAGAUAUCACAUACUUUAACCAGGCGGAUAACUCUUAUGCUUUCAUGAUCAACGAGAAUGGGUAUACCAUAAUGCACCCCUCAUUCACUCGACCAAUCAAAACCAGCCUUCAACCAAUGCAUACAGACAUCUGGCACUUUGAGAAUGUCCUAGGAUUUGAAGAUGUUCGCAGCAACAUGUUAAGGCGUGCUGAAGGAGAACAGACAAUGUAUAUAAAAGAAACAAGCAAUUCUACUGGUGUUCUUACCACAUACGAGGUUUUCUAUGCAAAAUAUAUCUGGAAAAAGGUUGACAAUACACCAUUUAUUGUGGUGAUCAAGAUCCUGCAGAAGCAUGAUAAUGUCAAGCAUCUCAAUAACCAUGUGAGCCUACCUGACCUAGUGUACCAUAGAAUAGAUAUUUUACCAACCAACAAAAUGUGCCUACAUCUGAAACAGCUAGCUACAACAGAUUCCAGCACAGUUUUCCUGUCAGCCAAUAGUUUUGUGAACCCAUUUGAACAUCUCAAUCAGGGAGUGAACAAGAGAAUGGUGCAGAGUUAUGUGGCCUAUCUGAAAGAUGAUACACGCCUCAUUAGCAACCCAGGACUUAAGGAGACCGUAAGAAAUGAUGUAGCUGCUACAGCUGGUAUAGAUAAGGUGUGGAAACGUCGGUUCCAGGUCAGUGAACUCAAGGAAUAUAUUGUGAGGCGUUACGUUACUACUCCUAGCGGUGUGUUCAGGUCUUAUCCUGGAGCCUUGUUUGAUGAAACGUAUGAUCCUACAAAACAGCCAUGGUAUGAACGAGCAAUGAAAUAUCCUGGCCAGGUGACACUGACAGCACCAUAUUUGGAUGUGGGCGGAGCAGGCUAUAUUGUCACAAUAAGUCACACUAUCUUUGAAGGACAAGCUCAAUCACUACACAGUGCCUCAGAUAAGAUUAUAGCUGUGAUGGGUAUGGAUUUAACACUUGGUUACUUCUACAAGAUGAUCCUUGAUCAUAUAGCUGUCUGCAGACUGUCUGGUGUAAGGUGUUUUCUGAUCAAUGAUGAUGGUUAUAUGAUAGCACAUCCGUCACUGGUGGAGCCUGAUGGUCGAGGUCCAGUUGAAGAACAGCAUAUCACACAUAAGGAACCACUUGUUGCUAAUGAUAUCCUGAACCAUCGACAUUUUGUACAUAAGAAGUUGUGUAACAGAUACAAUGAUAGAACUAUUCAGCGAUUCUACAAGUUUAACACAAGCCUUGAUGGUGUAUUAACUAACUUGGUACACGGAGAACACUGUGCCAGGUACCAGAUUGUCUCAGUGCCAGGAACCAAUAUAUUUCUCGGAAUGAUCAACCACACAUGUGACCUGGCAACAGCUUUCUGUCCUUGCAGUAUGCUUGACCGGCUAUGUCUAAACUGUAACAGAAUGGGACAGGUUGAGUGUGAGUGUCCGUGUGAGUGUCCUUUAGCCAUGGACUUCUGUACAGGGGACCUCCUCAAAAGUGAAGAUAUGAAUCCAAGUUGUCCAAGGUUUCCAGAGAAAGAACGAGUACCUCGUAUAGAUCCCGAGGUAGCAGGUGGUCUAGGACAGUGCAACAAUGUGAAAUGUGAGAGUAAAACAUCACAGCUGGAUUGCCUGGGAGUGUUAGGGUGUGAAUGGUGCCAGGCUAAAGGCUUAAACUCAUAUGAUAAAGAUGGCAUGGAGGUUCAUAAACCAUUACCCCACCCAUUUUGUUCUAGUCAAGCGGCAUGUUUUGGAGGGGUGGUUGGAGCACCAAAUCCCUAUGGUGAUAAGGCAGUUUUACCUGUAGAUGGCGAUGAUGAAUCUGGCACUAAGAGUGCACCGGUCGGACCUGUCGCUGGGGGUAUCAUGGGAUGCUUCCUCAUUCUAGCUCUUGGCGUGUACUGCUACCGUCAUCGGGUACACCGGAACUCGCUGCAGUAUAUCAGCACUCUACCGGAGAAUCAGAAUCGGCACUCGCAGUUCUAUGAAACAGAAGAUUUAGAUCAAAUAGAAGAUAAUGGGAAUGGGCACACAAAUUUUGUGCUGGCAACAUUUGAGAACCCUGCCAGUAUAUCACCAUACCGUGUGAAUACGUCAUACCGACGUCCGGCUGGAGGAGAUAGUGACCAUGGAUACAGCACAAUGACGCCACAUGAUGACAGUGAACAUGCUAGUUUACCAUGUCUCGAACCACUUAUUGUUGGAAAAGACCGUUAUAAACCAGGAAUUCAUUCUUCUACAAAAACACCCACAAUACCACCGCCUCCCAGUGUGGCAAGUAGGCGGAGUCGAAGUCCAACUCCGCCCCAAACUAGACUCUCUGGAUAUCAACCAAUCAUAGAACAGGUUGAUCCUUCACAAACAGUAAUAGACACACCCAUUCAUGAUAGCCCGCAUAGUGUUUUAGCAAAUGUGCAGGUUCAUAUGGUGGACACUCGUUGAGCUGAAUCUUUAAAACAGUGUAUCUUGUUCAUAAUUCUAAGCCAGAUAUGUGCUAUAAAUAGAAAACUUCAAAGCCAUGUUCCUGAAUAAAACUGAUCACAUUCAGGGAACGAAGACUGCAGUCAAUGGGCAGAGAGCUUUUAUGUUUUUGUUUUCAUGGAGAAGAAUUCAGGGCAUUCUAGUUGUAGAAUUUUAUUGUUAGUGAGAAAUGAGCUUCUUUACAAGUGUUAGCCAGAGAUAUACUCACUCAUGAGUGUUAGCCAAUGGUAUGCUCACUCACGUGUUUGCCAGAGGAAUGUUCACAUAUGAGUAGAUGGGUGUAUGCCAGAAGAAUUCUCACUUGCGAGUGUUUACCAGUAGAAUGCUCACUAAUGAGUGUUGGCCUGAAGUAUGCUCACAGAUGGGUGUUGGCCUUAGGAAUGCUUCACAGAUGAGUGUUGGCGUGAGAAAUGCUCACUGAUGAGUGCUUGCCUGAGGUAUGCUCACUGAUUGAACGUUUACCAGAGGAAUGCUCACUGAUGAGUGUUGGCCUGAAGUAUGCUCACAGAUGAGAGUUGGCCUGAGAAAUGCUCACUGAUGAGCGUUAGUUUAGGAGUGCUUACUGAUGAGUGUUUUCCAGAUGAAUGUUCACUGGUGAGUGUUUGAAUAAGGAAUGCUCACUCACAAAUUAAUGUUUGUCACUAGACAGUGUGAGGAGUUGCACAGAUUGUUUUCAUAAACGUCUUAUUUCAAAGAUUUUUUUUUUUGCUUCAUGUAUCAGUGUUAAGACUGGAAGAUUUGUGAAGCAAGUUGAUGUUGGCAGUGUAAUUCAGGGAUAUAGAUUUAGUGAAAAUUGUUAUGAUAAAAAGGCCAUUUUUAUUAUUAACAGUUAAGUGUGUUUUACAGUUAUAUCUGUUUAGACUAAUUAUAUAGGUUAACAUCACAGAAGUCUCAUGAUCAAAUCAUUACAAAACUGAAGUGAUGUGACAUGUGUACCGGUACAUUGCUGUACAGGAACAAACAGUGACAAAGUAUUGAUAUGAAGAAAUACUUUAAUUUAGUAUGUAUAGGACAUUUGAAAAAAAAAAAGAAGCCAGUGUAUAUGUGAAGGGAUACCUAUGUUAUAGCCAGUAUACAUUACCAGUAAUGCAUUCAUGUAGAUUUAUCUCAUUUGUUGAUACAGGGUAUAUAAGAAAACAUUUCAGGUUUGAAAGAUAUAAUUUGUUAUAAUUUCUCGCCAGUUACUGUACAAAAAAGUAUGCAUGGUUUAUAUAUCGUUUAUAAAUUGUGUUGUCAUGGAAACCGCUUAAAGGUAAACUGUAUUAAUCAAGCCGUAUAAUUGUACAGUCGAACUUCGUUGGCUCGAAUUUGACGGGACCAGCAGAAUUUGUUCAAGUUAUUGAAAAGUUUGAGCCACCGAAUAAAAUUCAUAGAACAGGGAUAUUGCCGGGACCUGAUGACAGGUUCCAACGAAGGGUUGUGUAUGAAUUAUCAGAGUUCGAGCAAACAAAGUUUGACUGUAUAAAUGAUACAGACUUCUGUCUUCAGACAAGAAUUACAUUGUAAGCAUAGUUUUGAAACAAGUAUAUUUUCUAAUUAUUUUCAAAGGUUUGUUUGUGAACAAAAAAAAAUGUUAUUUUCUGAAAAAAGUUCGAUAUUGUUUAUCUUGUAAGGUAAAUUUUUAUUUUUCAAAGAUUUUAAAGGCAGUAAAGAUGCAGGUUGUUAAUUAGAUAUAUAGAUUGUAUACCAGUAUUUUAAGCUUCCUUUAUUCAUACACAUAUUGUCAAAAAAACGAAGAUUACCAUGUAUGAAGGGUAAAAAGGAUCUUCCUUUUCUAUGUCUUGUCGAGAUAGAAAACAAAUUGUCCCUAUUCAUUAUAUUUCAGGUGUAGAAAAGUUUCAUUUUACGAUGAAGGCAAAGAGUGAAUACAUGUAUCUUGUACAUGUGUUAAGUUAAGAGUAUUGUUUUGUAUAAUAAAUCAGUAUUUAAAUGUA